AUGAGAAUACAUGCACUUGAGAGGCCAUACAGCUGCGAUAUUUGCAAUAAAGCCUUUUCUGAGAGAGUUCAUCUUUUAAAGCAUACUAGAGUUCAUACAAAGGAGAAGCCUUAUAACUGCGAGAUUUGCAACAAUGCAUUCUCACGAAAAAAUAAUCUGGUGAGGUACAUGAGAAUACAUACAAAGAAAAAGCCAUAUAGCUGCCAUAGGGCUUUUUCUGAGAGAGGUCACCUAGUACUGCAUAUUAGAGUAAUUUAUAACAAGGACUUCUCAGAGAAAUAUAGUCUAGCAAGGGUGUUUUCACAGAAAAUUAGUCUGGGAAGUCAUAUAAGAAUACAUAGAACGGAGAAGCCAUACAGCUUUUGGGAGAUUUGCAAUAAGGCCAUUUCUGCAAAAGGUAACCUAGUAGCGUACUUUAGAGUACACACCAAGGAGAAGCCAUACUGUGAAAUUUUUAACAAGGACUUCACACAGAAAUCUAGUUUAACAAAGCAUAUGAGAGUACUCACAAAGGAGAAGUCAUACACCUGUGAGAUUUGCAACAAGGUCUUCUCUGAGAAAAGUCAUGUA